UAAUUUUGGCCCUUCUCUCGCCUCUUCCACUCGUUCCAUCUCUCUCUCUCUCUCUCUGCUUCAGCUACGACAAUGUUGAACUACUCACCCACUUCCAUUCACUGCAACAAUGUCCCUUCUCCACCUCCUCUCUGUACUUUCUCUCUUUACACCUCCUUUCUCUCAUCAUCAUCAUCGUCUUCAUCGUCUUCUUCUUCUUCUUCUUCUUCUUCUUCUUCUUCUUCUCUCUCCGUAAUCUCAUCUCCUCUUCCCCAGCAGCAUCUCUUGUCAUUCCAUGUUUCCAAGUACUCCUACUCGAAAUCAACCCUAAAACCUAAGGGAAUGAAAGUGAUGUGUUUGCAAACUGAGCCAUUAAAGGUUAUGAUAUCAGGGGCUCCAGCAUCAGGGAAAGGGACUCAAUGUGAGAUGAUUGUUCAGAAGUUUGGCUUGGUGCAUAUAUCAACUGGAGAUCUUCUAAGGGCUGAAGUAUCAGCUGGGACAGAAAUUGGGAAUAAAGCAAAAGAAUACAUGAGCACGGGUCGUUUGGUUCCUGAUGAAAUUGUGACAACUAUGGUGACAACCCGAUUAUCACAAAAAGAUGUAAAAGAGAAAGGGUGGCUCCUAGAUGGAUACCCACGAAGCUUUGACCAAGCGCAGAGUCUGGAAAAACUGAAGAUCAGACCUGAUAUUUACGUUGUAUUGGAUGUUCUUGAUGAAAUUCUAAUCAACAGAUGUGUUGGUAGAAGGCUGGACCCUGUAACAGGGAAGAUUUACCAUAUAAAAAAUUUCCCUCCAGAGACCGAAGAGAUUAAAGCAAGGCUCAUAACGCGUCCUGAUGACACAGAGGAAAAAGUGAAAUCGCGUCUGCAAAUAUAUAAGCAGAAUGUUGAAGCAAUCAUAUCAACGUACACGGAUAUAUUGAAGAAGAUUAAUGGAAAUCGUCCAAAAGAAGUAAUUUUCAAAGAUAUAGACUCUUUGUUGUGUCAAGUGCAGAAGGAGAAAGAAAAAACAACAAAAUUAGGAAAAUCAGCACUUCAAAAACCUUCAAGUCAGGAAAUUUGGAGAGGGAUUCCUACUAGAUUGAAUAAUAUUCCUCACUCUAGGGAAAUCAGGGAAUAUUUCUAUGAUGAUGUGCUCCAAGCUACACAGAGAGCCGUAAAUGAUGGAAAAACUCGACUGAAGGUGGAGAUCAAUAUCCCAGAGCUGAACCCAGAAAUGGAUGUUUAUCGAAUAGGUACUCUAAUGGAACUUGUAAGAGUUCUAGCUUUAAAUUUUGCUGACGAUGGAAAGCGCAUCAAGGUUUGUGUUCAAGGGUCUAUGGGAGAAGGAGCGCUUAUAAUCAUAGCACUACAGCUUGCUGGAACCAGAACAAUAUUGGAGUACAUGGACUGGGGUGAUUAUGGUGCAAUGGGAAACUUCAUCAACAUAGGUUCUAUAGGCGGAAAAGAGGUCACUGAACAAGAUGACUUGUUUAUUUUAGUGGCUCCCCAAAAUGCCGUGGGAAAUUGCAUUAUCGAUGAUCUAAGAGCUAUGACUGACGCUGCUGGUAACCGUCCAGUAAUUCUAAUCAAUCCUAGGCUCAAGGAUUUACCUGCUUCAAGUGGUAUCAUGCAAACAAUGGGUCGAGACAAGAGAUUGGAAUAUGCAGCAUCAUUUGAACAUUGCUAUCACUUCCGGCUUCUCUAUUAUGCAGGAACUCAAUAUCCAAUUAUGGGCGCUCUCAGGAUGUCUUAUCCAUACGGGUAUGAAUUGUACAAGAGGGUGGAUGACCCAUCUAGGAAGGAGAAGUACAUUAUCUUGUCAACAUUUCCAAAAAGGCCUGACAGUGAUGAAAUCAACGAUGCAUUUGAAGGAAAGCCAAGAAACCAAGCUAAAAAGGCCUCAGGAAUUUGGGGCUUCUUAAGCGGAGUAUUUUGAACAGAAAGAGACAUUCAAUGUUCCACACACGGAUAAUAUACACAUGUCAACAUAGAAACUGGGCUAAAGUGUAAGCAUUGUUUCAUUAAAUCUUUUUCCUACACUAGAUCUGAUUUUGAAGAUGUUUGUUCAGAAAAAUAUAUAUUUAACCCUUUAAAUAUAUAUAUAUAUAUAUAUAUUUUAAAUAA